AGCAGACGAUUCCAAACGCUUGGUUCUACACAGUGACACAGACAUCGCACAGAAGAUCGGGUCGAUGGAAAAGCAAAUCGCUGAUCUUACUGCUACUGUUGCAAUUCAGAAGGCGGACAUACAAUCUCUGAAAUCGUCUGCUGGUAAAGGAUCUACGUACACACGUUGGGGUCGCACAGUUUGUCCCGGAAAUGGAACUAGCCUUGUCUACUCUGGUUUUAUGGCUGGCACAUACCAUGAUGCUUCUAAAAACGGGUUCGGUUCAGGUGCCAACUAUCUUUGCUUAGCCGACCGGCCAACGUGGGACCAUUAUUCCACUACUGGGAACAACAAAAUUCGUAUCACUGGCGUAGAAUACGAAUUUUCGGGAUAUUCAAUUAACGAACUAACCGACUUUUUUGGUACCAAUAUCCAGAAUAACGAAGCCCCAUGCGCCGUGUGCCACAGUUCAAGAUCAUCCAGUCUGAUGAUACCUGGACGAACUGACUGCUACUCUGGAUGGACCGAAGAAUACAACGGUUUUCUUGUAGGUGCUUACCCACAUUUUAAUGACGCUACAGAAUUUGUGUGUCUUGACCGAAGGCCAGAAUCCAUUGUCAACAGCGGAUUUAACGAUAAUGAAAACGUCCUAUAUUUCGUAGAAGCAAACUGUGCCAAGGGACUUGAAUGCUCACCGUAUGUCAAUGAUCGAGAACUAGCAUGCGUUGUCUGCUCUGCUUAAUAUUAAUAUCAUAUCUUUAAAUUGAAAUAAAUGGAAGAUAUUAUAGGGUUUUUUAUCUAAAAGAAUAUAGUGUUUUGUGCUGCAUCUUUCCUAAUUACUAGUAAUUCAAGUACUGUAUGUGUUUUGGAAUGUAAAAUAAUGAUUCAUCUGAUCUGCGAACUGAUUCAAGGUUAUUUCUUUGAGAUUAAACAAUUUACAAAUGUGAAUGCGGAGUAUUUAGUCGUAUGGUUGUACAAUUUCUUCUAAAGCACCACUGAG